UGGAGUAAUAUAGUGAUAUGGGAUACAAAAAUUAAGGCCAAUAAAGUUUAAAAAACUUGGGUAGGAAUUUAAUCUAUUUUCGUCUAUCGGAAUUAAAAGCGUUGACCAUGUAAACCUUGUGGUCGUUUGAAAGUUGCCAUGGUGACAGAUAGACAAGAUCCAAGUAUAAUCAGCAUCGUCGCUCAGCGUACUUUUCAUUGCUGAUAACGGGAACAUCUUAAAACCGCUUCAAUGACGGAAACAAUGCAUCGGCGGGCCUUCAACUUUAACACAGUAUCGCAGGCCCAUAGAGAUGUUGUUGACGAUCGAUACCGUGAUUUGCGGCGCCCUAGGAAAGUGCGGUUCUUCGUUAAUGGGGAUCGUUACUUUAAGGGGAAAAAGUUGUACAUAACUCCGCACAGAUACUUUAAUUUCAACGACUUGUUGAAUGAUCUUACGGGUAAAUUGCCAUCUAAUCUCAGCUUGCCGUACGGGGUACGACAGAUCUUUACUCCAAGUAGCGGACAUCGUGUUGUGGAUAUAGAGGAUCUCCAAGAUGGGCGCUCGUACGUGUGCGCUGGCUUUGAGGGCUAUAAACCCAUCAAAUAUGGGAAGGCGGAGCUGGAACCGUGGUCUUUAGAAAAUAUUUCAGGUGAACCUAAAAAACAAGCACCACCUCCUUCCAGCACCGCACGAGCCCACCAGCAUGACCAAUAUGACCCAGAUCAAAACUACACGCAGGGUCUCAAUACCAGACCCCGCAUGUAUGGGAAUGCAUUUCAACCGGGGCGGUACUUGCAGGGUAAAGGUGGCAUCGAGACCUCCACCCAUCACAGGCGAUUUCCGGGUGCGUUUGGGCCCGCAAGUCGAAACAGCUACUUGGCCCAUGGGGGUGAAGCUCAGGUUCCGUUGAAACCCAAAGUGAUAACAAUAGUUCGCAAUGGGGCCAAACCUAGAAACAAUGUUAAGAUUUUACUAAACCGUAGGAGUGUUCAGUCCUUUGAACAACUUAUGGGUGAUAUUUCUGAAGCGUUCGGUCCUAAAUGGAAAACAAAUAAAGUGCGAAAGUUGUUCACUGUUCGAGGAAGGGAGGUGCAAGGUGUUGCAGACUUUUUCAGAGAUGAUGAUAUUUUUAUUGGUGUCGGAAAUGAGCCACUCACAGAACAUGAUGUUCAUGACAUUAUAGAGGAGGUCUACCCAGACAGUCCGUAUGCAAAGAACAUUAUGAAAGACUUUGAAAGACAAAAACGGAAAAGGCUAGCACAAGUGAAAGAACCAAUAAAAGACCAUGAUGCGGAUAAACGUGAUAGUGGUUUCGGGGAAGGAAGUGAUGGAAGCAAUAGAGAUGCCGACUCAGAAUAUGUUCUGUACAAAGGACGACCGACAGAGAAGGGGAAACGUAGGAAUGAGUAUCCAAGAGACUUGGAAGUUGCAAUGAGAUUAGAUAGAGAGAAAGAGAAAGCGGCACAGGAGGAGAAGGACAGAGUAAAAAAACAGAGAAUGAAGAUGGUUGAUACAGAAAGAAGAGCUCAGGAAGAAGAAAACAGAAAACGUCGACAAGUUCCAAAGGAAGGUAGAGGAGAUGAUCCUUUUAAGAAGAUGAAAGAACAAAAGGAAAAAGAGAGGGAAGAAAUGAGGAGAAAGAGAGAUGAGGAAAGGAAGAGACAGGAAGAUGAGGACAAGCAAAGAAGAGAUGAAGAAAGACAGAGAAGAGAAAAAGACAAACAUGACAGAGACCAAGCGGAAGCAGCUGCUAGAGAAAGACAAGCAGCAGCCGAGAAGGACAGACAGGAGAGGGAGAAAGAAAAAGCUGAAAAGAGAGCUGCUAGGGACAGAGAAAGGGAACAGAAGGAUAAAGAAGCAAAGGAGAAAGAGAUGAAAGAAAAGGAAAAAGAGAAACACGAUAAAGAUAAAGCUCAUCCUGAAAAACAUCAUAGUGAUAAACAUCAUGGUGAAAAGCAUGAAAAGGAAAAGGAUCAUAAGGAGAAAGAAAAGGAGAAGGGACACGGUGAAAAGGAAGAGAAAGCUAAAGAUACGGAAAAUGAGAAAGAUGUAGAUGAGAAAGCGGAUAAGAAUAAAGUUGACAAUAAGGAAAGAGACAAUAAAGAGGCAGAGAGGAGGAAGAAAAAGACUAGUAAAAAUAGGAUUAUAAGAAAAACUAAGUUAGAAAGACAAAUAAGUAGUGAUGAACAUGUGACAUCCAAAUAUGAUUUAGGACGGACUUUAGGUGAUGGCAAUUUUGCCAUUGUUCGAAUGUCAAAGAUGAAGGCUACUGGUGUAGAAUAUGCUAUGAAAGUGAUUGAUAAAUCUAAACUCAAGGGAAAGGAACACAUGGUGGAAAAUGAAAUUGAAAUAAUGAAGGAUUGUAAUCAUCCUAACAUUGUGAAAUUGUAUGAAGAAUAUGAGACAGUGGACAAGAUUUAUCUGGUUAUGGAGCUUGUUAAGGGUGGUGACUUGUUUGACGCAAUCACCCAGAGCGUCAAGUUCGGAGAGGUGGAUGCAGCCCAUAUGGUGAAAGAUCUCUGCAGCGCUCUGUUCUACCUGCACUCCCGCAUCAUCGUACAUAGGGACUUGAAACCAGAAAACUUGUUGGUGCAUCGUAACAAGGACAUGACGAUAUCCCUGAAGCUUGCCGAUUUUGGCCUGGCUAUGGACGUGAAGGAGUCAAUAUACACCGUGUGUGGUACCCCCACUUACGUGGCUCCAGAAAUCCUCUCAGAAAUAGGAUAUGGUCUCGAAGUUGACAUGUGGGCAGUGGGCGUGAUAACCUACAUCCUACUCUGCGGGUUUCCCCCGUUCCGAAGUCCCGACAGAAACCAGACGGAACUGUUCGAGUUCAUCAAGGCGGGAGAAUACGAGUUUCUUAGCCCAUACUGGGACAAUAUCUCAUCUAGUGCUAAAGAUCUGAUUGAGCAUCUACUGGUAGUAGAGAAGAAGCGUCGCUACACGGCGAUCGACGUUCUAUGCCACCCCUGGAUUCUAUGUGGCGGUGAUGUGUCGAGUAUGGAUGCAUCGAGAAUAGACGAGCUUCGUAAAGUCUCACGGAAGGAAUUUGAAACCCAGGCUGCUUUGAAUCGUGAGUCCUAUCAGAAGAUGAAAGAGAAGCGUGCUCUGACUGGAUGAUGUUGAUCGACGAAUUUAGACAUUUCCGGAAGUGCUUAUAUUUGUAUAGAUGGACAUACUGUUGUAUGAAUAAUUGAAUUGCUAACUGCUGACAAAGUUAUAAAUAGGGUAGCUCUGUGGUGUAUUCAGCUCAGAUAUUUGAGUACAAGUUUAGUUUACCUUGUAUGUGUAGAUAUGAUUUUUGAAUAGGAUUGCUGAUUUUAUUGUUGAAAGUCGGAUUAAGCCGAUAGUUAAACUUAAAAACAUAACAAAAGUUCAUGGAUUUUGAUUAACAAGGGAAAUAACUGUUAACUGCUCAUGUAAUUUGCUUAAUAUUACAAUGUCAGUAAUGGUAUAUGUAACUCUGACUAGUGCAUAUAGUUCAAGUCAAGUUCAAAAAAAGAAAAAAGAAAUAUAGUGCAUACAAAGCCAGUGCCAAUUCAGGUUUCCAUACAUGUUUCUGAUUACAAUUGAAACUAUCUAGUAGCAAACUGUAUUUAACAUUUUAAAGCAAGAAUGGAAAUUUGAAGUUUUAAACCGAAAAAAGGAUUAAAAUGUCAAAAUAUUUUAAUGUCAAACUAGGAGUCUCAGGUUUUUGGUUUGUGUGGUUUUUGUUGAAACAAUAAAAGGGAGAGAAUUUAAGAUAAGUCAUUUCAUGCAGAUGUUCAAAUCAACCUUGUUUUCAAUCAAUUGACAUUUUGGAUGUUUUUAUCGCAUAUUAGAUAAUUCCAUUGUUGAUUAUGAUGACAGACAUAAAUUUACUUCAUAUUUACGGCAAUGUUACUAUUUAGUCAAAUAAUCAUGAUUAAUUUUCAUUGAUGAAAUAAUUCACAAAAUCAUGUUCUCUAUUAAUUGAUAAUGAAAUGAAGGAUUUGUUGAUUUUUAUAAUAUGCUUUACCUUGAACAUCAUUGAUACUCAUACAAGUAUUCAAAUAUUUUGUAAAGUAAUUAAAGAGGUUUCCAAACACUACUUGUAAUUGUUAAUGUACCAGUGGACUACUUUUUAUGCACUACAUCAUCCACGUACAUGUACAUGUGGACUACUUUUUCUGCUUUACAUCAUCCAGGUACAUGUACAUGUGGACUACUUUUUGUGCACUACAUCAUCCAGGUACAUGCACAUGUGGACUACUUUUUGUGCUCAACGUCAUCAAAGGUUGUGUACAUUUUACAAGUUUUUAAUUACAUGGUAAAUAGCAUGAGGGAAGUGAUUUAUCUGAUAUAAGCGAGCCUACAGGUAGUUUAAAGCGAGAUUUUGCGAACAAGUUUUAACUUAUCCGUAAAUUUUACCUGUACAUGUAGUUAUGCGUACAAGUUGAUGUAUAAGUAAUGUUGUGCAACCUCUUUAUGUUUUAGGUUUUUCAUGACAUGAACAUAACUUUUCAAAUUAUACCACUUUGAUUUAUUUUUUUGCAAUUUGUUUAGAGACAGACAUUAUGAAUAUCGUCCGUCCACAAAGAAAAUCUCAAAUUAGUAUUUAUUCUGGUAAAUUUUUGCAUUUUGCCAUAAGGACUGGUUUAAAACAUUCUGAAGUGUUUUGCGUAGUCUGUUUUAAAGAUUCGUUAAUAUAUAUUCAGUAUUCAGUUACAGGCAAAUAUCUUAUAAAUAACAUUAUAGAUCUGUGUAUAGUUAUAUCAUUUAUAUGCUUAAAUGAAAAAAAGGUCAUUUUAAAUUAUCAAGUGUUUUACAUACUGUUUUAACCUGUUUUCAAAAAACAACAACAGAAUAUCUCGUUAUUCAUUCAAAUUUGGUUAUGUUAUAUUGUGCAUACAAGAUUGAAAAAUGGUUAUGUUGUAAUAAAUGAUUUCACGAAAAAAGAAUGGACACAAAUUGGAAUCUAGUAAAAUUAUUGACACAUAUAUAGAAUCCAGUAAAAAUGGAUGUUUUUAGUUUAUGAAAUUUCAUAGCACUAUCAUGUCAUUGAUUAGUUUUUGCUCACGAAGAGGAGUUACAGAUUGUUCGAGUAUUUGUUCAAAGUGUGACUAUGAAUGUAUGGAAGCAUAUUCUGUAUAUACUGAUAAUAUGGUCAUGUGGUCUUACCCUCUUGUUUUAUAUUACUUGAUGGUGAUAACAUGAGAAUUGUCAAAAUUAAGCCGACUUGUCAGCUUAUUAAGUGGAUUUGGCAACUUAUUUUUUAUCGAUUGAACAUUCUAUGUCGACUGCUUUUUUUAUGUAACACAGUUAUAUUGAUUUGUCAAUCAAACUUGUACCAACUUAUCCAGUUGGUAAGUGAGCAAGUUGACACAAUUUUGACCAAAUGUUGUGUUAUAGUUAAUCAUGACAACAUAAAUCAAGUCUACAAGACAACAUGAUAUCCUUAUCAGUAUAUACCAUAUACGCUUCCGUAAUAAAUGACCUUUCUUCUACAAUAAUGUGUAUAUAAUACUUUAUUUAUGCUAUGUUAUAUCUUCAUGACAAAUUAUGUACUAUAUUUUAAGAAUUGCUUUCAUGGUUGCAAGAUGCAAGCCUAAAAACAACAUGUUAAGACUGUGAAUGUAUUAUUAUGUACAUUAUUUUAUUAUUUUCUCAUAUAAUUAGCUAAUCUUUAUGUUAACUAUUAUUGAAACAAAUUGCAAAUGUGUUUAAUAUAACGAUUUUUCUACAAAUGAUUUAUCAUUCAAUUACAUUCCGUCCAAGUGAAAGAUAUUUUAUCUUUUUAUUUUUGUUAAAAGUUUUUUGUAUCUAUUUAUUUUAUACAUUUGUUAUAGUGAUAUAUUUUUGAAAAUUGUUUUGAAGAUUAAAUGUGUUACUGAUAUAUUUAUCAGAAUUAAAUGAAAUAUAUUAUUUUAUUAUUAAGUAUAAUUUUCUCCUUGCAUGAAUUAUGGUUUACAAAUGGUCAUAGUUUUUGAAAGGGAAGUAAUUCAAAUACACAGUUUAUCAGAUAAUUUCAGUAUUUUUAGAAUUGUAAACAUUGUAUUGUUACAAAGAGAAUGUAUUGCAUUACUUACUCCAUAUUUCAAUCAGCAAUGUAGUUACAAGGACCAGGGGUGUUAUUUAAUAUCAAACUAACAUUGAACUUAAAGUAAAGCUCAGAAUUCAAGUGCUUUGAUUGGACAGUAAAAAUAGUUGACCAAUAGACUGAAUGUGAUCAUUGAGGCUUGUCUUAGGAUAAGGAUUAUAUUGUAUAUGGGGCCAGGACAGUCUUAUGGAUUAGCUAUAUUUCAUGCAUCACUGAUUAAAAUAUCAGUUAUUGAUAACAAGUAAUCCGAUUAGCUACAUCGUUCUUAGAUCCAAUUAAGACCAAUAUUGAAUACAAGUUCAGGGCCUCAAAAAUGUGAUGCAAUAAUAAUCAUGGACAUUGUCCAUCUUACAUUGAAAACUAUGCAAUCAUUGUUUUCAUGAGAUGAAGAAGGAACCCCAGUCUCACAAAUUUUCUCCGUCAGGCCAUCUUUAAAAAUAUGUUAGGUUGAAGUUACCCGACCCAAUCAAUAAAAUCAGUCCGAAUCAAAGAAAAUCUUGGAUAUCUGCAUUGUCAAUUUGUAUUUGUAGCCAAAAGCUGCAUACUGCUGGAAGUAAAGUAUUAUAAAAAAAAUCCCUACUUUCCUUCCUUCCACCUCCCAAGGUUGUGGGUAUGGUUACUGUAAACAGAUUUUUUUUUUAAUAGUGGCCUUAAAUACAUUUUUUUUUUCGAGAAUAUCAGUAAAGAUGAAAUGAAAAUUGUGUUUAUGUUUUAACUGAUGAUUGUGAUAUGUUUUGCUGUUGUUGAUUGUUUCGGCAAAUGUGAUUUAUAUGUGUGAAAAGUAUCUGUGAUAUUUCAUAUAUAAUAAUAGUGAUAAUAAUAAUUAUGUAUAUUUUUUAAUAAUUGUUAAGUUUUAUGCCCAAUAUUUGCUUAAUGCAUUAUAUAUAUUUUUCAAAUUCUACUGCAAUUGCACUUAAUUAGAAUAUAAAUUGCGAAUUUAUUUUGACAUAUACAUCAAUUUUAUAAAAAAUUGAAUUGACAACCUUUGCCUAUAGAAAGACUUCUAUAGAUCAAGAAUGAAAUUUAAACCUCUUUUUUUUAAGAAACAAAUAUGGGAAACAAACAACAAAAUUGUUGGUGAAUUGUUUUUUAAGGACAAACUUUUUUCAUAUUUAAUUGUAUUUAUGUAUUACAGGGUAAUGAUCCUGAAAAAUACAAGAAUAUAUUAAAGUAGAAGUCAUAAUUAAUUAAUUUAAAUGAAUUUAGAAAAGAUUUUUUUUUAGAUUAUUGUAUGUCAGAUUAUUUACUCAGGAUAACUUUUAUUGAAUAAAACUAUGCAUUAAUGUUUAAGGAAUGUCUGAGUGUGUCAAGAAACACAUCCUCCAUAUAAAGUAAUUAACCUAUUCUUCUUCUCUUUUUUUUGGAAAAAAUAAAUAUUUUUGGUUUAAUAUUAAAAAAAAACACUAAAGCUUCUGGCCCCAAUUUCUCAAAAGUUAUAAAGUGUAACUAGCUUAAGUAGUUUAUUUCAUCAAGGCAAAUUUCUUACUAAAUCUAUUUUGAUAAAUAAAAAAAAUUAAUAAUCAAUAUUAUAUUAAAUUUUCUUUUCAGACUUAAGUCUAUUAAAAAUGUAAAUAUUACACAAAUUAUACCAAAAUAAAAGUAUUGAGCUUAACUUAAACAUUCUAUAAGGGACUUCAGAUAUUUCAAGAAAUUGGGGCCCGUUUACCUGAAAAUUAUUUUGGCUAAUCUUAUUACAUUUUUUUUCUCCCCUAUGAAGUUGAUAUUGGGUAUAUUUUGCCAGCCUAAUGCAAGAACUCGAUAAAUGCUUGUAUAUGCUCCUAAGGAGUUCUUGUAGUAGGAUGACUUUUAUUUUUCUUCUAGUGAUCACUGUAAAUAUAGAUACAUUCAUGCCCAGUAGAAUUUAUAAACCCAUCGUACUUACACAUAACUUGUGCUGCUGUUGCUGUCGGUUAUUGUUGCCGUAGAAUCAGAAAUAAAAUCAUAUUUCAUGAAAGAA